CAACGACAAAACCAGUCACUAUUAUUUAAAAAAACAAAAAUAGAAGAUUCACUGCUCAGAAAUCAAAGUCUUCAUUUUUCUUCGGAAGCUUCAAGGUUGACACUUUCUGCAGAAAAAAUGAAACUUGGUUGAAAUCCAUUUCGUUUUACGAUUGUUUUGAUGGAAGGGAAGCUGGUCUCUGUGCGGUUUAUUCUGCUUUUGACUGGCUAUGUUCUGCUUCAGCUUGUGGCUUCAGAUACAUUUCAUUUCGUUUCUCAGAUUGCGAAUCAGUCAAGUGUUGUAGAAUCAGCAGCUUCCAAGAAUGGCAAUCCUAAAGCAUCAUGUCCUUCUGGUUGGGUUAUUAGUCCAGAUAAGAGCAAGUGCUUUCAACAUAUAGGAGGCAACCAGUCAUGGGAUCAGUGGGAGACCCAAUGUAAACAACUUGGUGGACACUUGGCUGCUGUGACAUCAUAUGAAGAACUAAACUUCACUCAGAAUUUAUGUAGUGAAACUAUCAAUGGCUGCUGGACUGGAGGAAGAGGCAUUAACACUACUGUUGGUUUGAAUUGGAAGUGGUCUGAUAAUGUGACACAAUGGAAUGAAUCAAUCUCAACAACAAGAUCUUUUUACUCCAGUUGCACCAAUUUUUCUUGCCAUGUUAAUGCUUCAGUAGAAUUGUGUACAUUGGUGACUGAUGGAUCUACAUCCCUUGUGAUUGAUAGAUGCAAUGCGUCUCAUGCUUCUAUUUGCAUGAUCGAUUCUGACAACAAAUGUUACUACUUGCACUGCCAUCGGGAAUACCUUAUCAUCCUUGGAGUUGUUAGUGGGCUGAUCCUUAUCACAACAUUUGCUGUUGUGAUUUGGCUUCUUGCAUACAGGCGGAGCAAGAGGCGCAGAAAGUCUCGCAAACAAUCAAAUCCAGCAGCCUCCGCAUUAGUUCCUCCAUCCUGGAAGGUGUUCACCAGUGAGGAAAUGAGAGCAAUUACAAAGAAUUUUAGUGAAGGAAAUCGCCUUGUGGGAGAUGCCAAAACAGGGAGCACAUAUAGUGGCAUUCUACCUGAUGGAUCAAGGGUGGCGGUUAAGAGGUUAAAAAGGUCUAGUUUUAAAAGGAAGAAAGAGUUCUAUUCUGAGAUUGGAAGGGUUGCAAGGCUUCAUCAUCCAAAUUUGGUGGCUGUCAAGGGAUGUUGUUAUGAUCACGGGGACCGCUAUAUUGUUUAUGAGUUUAUUGUAAAUGGCCCCUUAGAUAGAUGGCUACACCACAAACCAAGGGGAGGGCGAAGUUUGGAUUGGGCAAUGAGAAUGAAAAUUGCUACUACUCUUGCUCAAGGAAUUGCUUUCUUGCAUGACAAGGUUAAGCCCCAUGUUGUGCACCGGGAUAUCCGUGCCAGUAAUGUAUUGCUUGAUGAAGAAUUUGGAGCACAUUUGAUGGGGGUUGGUUUGUCAAAGUUUGUGCCAUGGGAAGUGAUGCAGGAGAGGACAGUAAUGGCUGGUGGCACAUAUGGAUACCUUGCUCCAGAAUUCGUUUAUAGAAAUGAACUUACAACAAAAAGUGAUGUGUACAGCUUCGGAGUUCUACUUUUGGAAAUUGUAAGUGGGCGCAGGCCUGCUCAGGCGGUUGAUUCGGUGGGCUGGCAGAGUUUAUUUGAAUGGGCCACACCUUUGGUGCAGUCACAUCGCUACCUAGAGCUCUUGGACCCUCUCAUAUCUUCUUCAUCGUCUGACAUACCAGAAGCCGGAGUCGUCCAGAAGGUGGUGGACCUUGUAUACGCUUGUACACAACACGUCCCUUCUAUGCGCCCAAGAAUGUCCCACAUCGUUCAUCAGCUGCAGCAGUUGACCCAGCCAACUGUUCCAAAGUAAGUCCUCUCAUCUCAACCUCCGGAGGAAUUUGCAAUACUAAAUAUAAGAAACAUGAAAUUGGGAUUUCACUAGCUGUUGAGACUUUAUGUUAGUUUCUGCAGAAACAUAAGUUAAGAAGCAAUUGUUUAGAGCUUACUUAGCUUGACUCGCAUGCCUUGAUGUAUUCUUAUUUAAUGUGACAAGUAUGGCAGUCAUUUUGUA